UAAAAUCCCAGCUAGCAGCUUCCACCAGGCCUGGAGCCAAGGUCAGGCACUGGGCCAGGGCGGCCCCGCCCCAGGGGCAGGCAUUGUUGAACCUUGCUUAAAGGCAAGGCUCAGGCCGGGCUGGACAGCCAGGAAGGCAGAAGGGGCAGCUUGGUGAGGCCUCAGGAUGGAUUCGUUUGAGGACACACUGCGGCAGCUGCGGGAGGCCUUCAACAGCGGGCGGACACGGCCGGCAGAGUUCCGGGCUGCACAGCUGCAAGGCCUGGGCCGCUUCCUUCGAGACAACAAACAGCAGCUGCAGGAGGCACUGGCCCAGGACCUAGGCAAGUCAACUUUUGAGUCAGAAGUAUCUGAGAUCGCCAUCAGCCAGGCUGAGGUGGACCUGGCCCUCCGGAACCUGAGGUCUUGGAUGAAGGAUGAGAAAGUGUCCAAGAAUCUGGCCACACAGCUGGACUCAGCCUUCAUCCGGAAGGAGCCCUUUGGCGUGGUGCUUAUCAUUGCACCCUGGAAUUACCCCUUGAACCUGACUCUUGUGCCGCUGGUGGGGGCCAUUGCUGCAGGAAACUGUGUGGUUCUCAAGCCCUCGGAGACCAGCAAGGCCAUUGAGAAGAUCCUGGCUGAGGUCCUGCCCCGCUACCUGGACCAGAGCUGCUUUGCCGUGGUGCUGGGUGGGCCUCAGGAGACAGGGCAGCUGCUGGAACACAGGUUCGACUAUAUCUUCUUCACAGGGAACCCUUAUGUAGGCAAGAUCGUGAUGGCUGCUGCCGCCAAACACCUGACGCCCAUCACCCUGGAGCUGGGGGGUAAGAACCCCUGCUAUGUGGACGAUGACUGCGACCCCCAGACUGUGGCCAACCGCGUGGCCUGGUUUCGCUACUUCAAUGCUGGCCAGACCUGUGUGGCCCCUGAUUACAUCCUGUGUAGCCAGGAGAUGCAGGAGCGGCUGGUACCUGCCCUGCAGAAUGCCAUCACACGUUUCUAUGGAGACGACCCACAGACCUCCCCCAGCCUGGGCAGAAUCAUCAACCAGAAACAUUUCAAGCGGCUCCAGGGCUUGCUGGGCUGUGGCCGUGUGGUCAUUGGUGGCCAGAGCGAUGAGAGCAAUCUCUAUAUUGCACCCACAGUGUUAGUGGACGUGCAGGAGACGGAGCCUGUGAUGCAGGAGGAGAUCUUUGGGCCCAUACUGCCUGUGGUGACUGUGAAGAACCUGGAUGAGGCCAUUGACUUCAUCAACCGCCGGGAGAAGCCACUCGCGCUGUACGCCUUCUCUCAGAGAAGCCAGGUGAUCAAACAAGUCCUGGACCGGACCAGCAGCGGGGGCUUCUGCGGGAACGAUGGCUUCAUGCACUUGACCCUGUCCAGCCUUCCUUUUGGAGGAGUGGGAUCGAGUGGGAUGGGCAGGUACCACGGCAAGUUCUCCUUCGACACCUUUUCCAACCAGCGUGCCUGUCUGCUGCGCAGCUCCGGGAUGGAGAAAAUCAACGACCUUCGUUACCCGCCUUACUCCAGCCGAAACCUCAGGGUGCUCCUGAUGGCCAUGGAGGAGAGAAGCUGCAGCUGCACACUGCUGUGAGGGCACUGGGGCCACGGGGCCACCCUGGGACACAGCUGCUGGGGAAGUGGCCUGCUAGGGCCAGGUGGCAGAGCAGUUGGCUCAGCCGCCCUCCCUCUGGGGCUUCCCUUUAGGACCUCUCACUGUUCUGAUUGGGACAGGCUAGGGGUGGAUGUGAGAAGGGGUGUGGCCUGUCUCCUCCAGUGCUACCCAUGGCAUUAGGGAGAAACGGGCCCUUCUGAACUACCCACCUUCUUGUGGGUAGUGUUACAGGGAAGCAGUGGUACAUGGCAUAGGCCAUAUCCUGUGACCAGGCAUGUCUAGGUUCCUUGGAGCCUCUGGUUUCUACCUGCACAAUGGGGAUGAAGCAGCCUCCAGUCGCGGGGAGUAUUAAAGCAGGAGGGCUGACCCCAAGCUACAGGUGUCUUGUCUCUUUUUGGAGGGAGGUGUUGCCUCCAGGUUAAGGCUAAGAUCCCUCCCUCAAGGACUCCCCUCCCCUCAGUUCUACACAUGGUACCCCCAUCUACUCCAUUCUACUCAGUAGUGAAAUAUCCCACCAACAUCAGCCCCAUGCUUCAUUGAAUGGCGUUUCCAGCCACUCAACUACUAAACCCCCAAAUUUUGACAUCCUGUCUCCUCUCCCGGUCCGGUUUGACCAAGUCAACAUGUCCUUCCUGGCCCGCAGGACUCCUAAAGGGAGCCUUCCCUGACCACUCCAAACAAGACAUGCAGACUGCCUCAUGGCUCUCUAGUCACAGGGGCAGGGUUAGGAAAGUCCUGCUACACGCGGCUGUUACGAGGACCAGAUGAAGCCUUGUGACUAAAACGCUUAGGCCAGAGAAGAGGUCGCCACCAUUACAGUAUUCAAAUGAGCCACACCGCCCUGCUCCGCCCACCGGGAAAUGAAAGUCCCAAACCACGCCCAGGAAGUCCCGCCUUCAGCAGCUCGGAAGUCCGCGUAUUGACCUCGCCGAU